AUGGCAAGUCGGACGGCACCGUGCGCGGGCUGCCGCACCGAGGUGAGCGGAGACGGUCCAUAUAUGAAAUGUGCAAAAUGUAAGCAGAUUUUUGAUAUUAUUUGUGCAAACAUUACUACUGAUGUGUUUAAAAAUAUGUCGGUGGAAUUAAAGAUGUCUUGGAUAUGUGGAGAAUGUCGCUGUAGGCAACCAAAACGAGAUAAUUCUCAUACUCCAGUGCGGCCACACGUUAUGCAGGAUUUAAAUACCACCUCUACUGCUUCGUGCCUUGACGUAUCCAUGCAGACUUCUGAUAACGUGACUGUACGAGCUAAGCCGCGAUACGCCCAAACUACUAUGGGAAGCACAGGCGAAAGUAUUACAGGAAAAGAUUUAAAAGAUUCUGUUGUGCGUGAAUUAAAAAACCUGCAAAUUGAAUUCGAAGCACAGCUAAUGACCAAAAUUAAUACACUGCUUAUUGAACAAUUUUUGGCGUUCAAAACUGAAUUCUUAGAUAGGGUUAAUUUGAUAACGAACAAGGUUUUACAAUUAGAGGAACACUACUUAUCGAGCAUUAAUAAGGCCUGCGAACCGACGCCAAUAUCCAAAAUCUUGAAAACUAGCGGUACUCAAACCAGUCCAACCCUUGAAAAUAUACCCACUACACAAAAUAAGCCUCCGAAGCGGAAACCUCAACCUCAACCUCAACCAAAUAUCGAACAUCUCGGAACUGAUAAGGAUCAGUCUGCGUUUACUGUCCCCAGAACAAAUAAAGUCUCAUCUGUGGCUCCAGUUAUCAGUGCUCAAAAGAUGAUGCACGCAGAAUAUUCCGAGUCUUCCGUCUCUUUAAAUAAUAGCCAGGACUGCGAGCGGAUUGAUGACAACUGGCAAGAAGUAUCACGCAAACGGGCACGCCCCUCACUUCCCGGGUUGCUUCGAGGUACCGCUGCGCCUGGUUCUACGAUGUUGCAUGCUGCUGAAAGGCGAAGAUACCUGCAUCUAUACUACGUACGAGAAGGCACCACAGUAGAGCAAGUACACGAACAUCUUAACUCAAUAUGUGGGAACGGCGAAUGCACGGUUGAAAAAUUGAAACCACGUGGACAUUAUGCAUCGUUCAAACUCGGAGUUCCAUUGAAGCAGGCCGGAAAUAUAAUGUCAUCUGAAAACUGGGCUGAAGAUAUUUGUAUUAAACCAUGGCGGCAGAACUUUCGUGCCAAAGACAAAAACAAUCAAACGUCAACCGCGAUUCCAUGA